CCUCCCGUUCCCCCAAUUCGUUUCGAAAUCGAAUCGUGCGUGCGCGACUCGCACCGCACUGCCCUCCUCCUCCUCCUCAGUUUGGGCAGCCAGGCACAGCCGCGCCGCGCGCUAGGGUUUCGAGAAGCCGGGGGACGAUGUCGCUGCGGCCGAGCGAGCGGGCGGAGGUGCGGCGGAGCCGCUACAAGGUGGCGGUGGACGCGGACGAGGGGCGGCGCCGGAGGGAGGACAACAUGGUGGAGAUCCGGAAGAGCCGGCGCGAGGAGAGCCUCCUGAAGAAGCGCCGCGACGGGCUGCCCGCCGCGGCCGCCGCCCCGCAGCUGGCCCACUCGUCGGCCCUCCAGCAGAAGUUGGAGGGCUUGCCGGCGAUGGUGCAGGCGGUGCAGUCGGACGAUAGCACCGUGCAGCUGGAGGCCACCACGCAGUUCCGGAAGCUGCUCUCUAUCGAACGGAGUCCUCCAAUUGAGGAGGUGAUCAACACAGGGGUGGUGCCUCGCUUUAUUGAGUUCCUCCAACGUGAGGACUAUCCUCAACUCCAGUUUGAGGCUGCAUGGGCACUCACCAACAUUGCAUCAGGCACAUCAGAGAACACUAAAGUGGUAGUUGAGUCCGGUGCUGUGCCCAUCUUUGUCAAACUGCUUAGCUCCCCCAGUGAGGAUGUCCGUGAGCAGGCUGUAUGGGCUCUGGGGAAUGUGGCUGGUGACUCACCAAAAUGCCGUGACCUGGUGCUUGCAAGCGGUGGGUUAUACCCAUUGUUACAACAACUCAAUGAACACGCCAAGCUUUCAAUGCUCAGGAAUGCCACAUGGACACUGUCAAACUUCUGCCGUGGGAAACCACAGCCUAACUUCGAGCAGGUCAAACCAGCGCUUUCUGCACUGCAACGCCUCAUCCAUUCUCAGGAUGAGGAGGUCCUGACUGAUGCAUGCUGGGCUCUUUCCUACUUGUCUGACGGAACCAAUGAUAAGAUCCAAGCUGUGAUAGAAUCUGGUGUGUUCCCAAGGCUUGUGGAACUUCUCAUGCAUCCUUCAGCUUCAGUGCUCAUUCCAGCUUUGCGUACGGUGGGUAAUAUUGUCACUGGUGAUGACAUGCAGACUCAGUGUGUCAUUGAUAAUCAAGCUCUUCCGUGUCUCUUGAACCUCUUGACCACUAAUCAUAAGAAAAGCAUCAAGAAAGAAGCAUGCUGGACUAUCUCAAACAUCACUGCUGGUAACAGGGAACAGAUUCAGGCUGUGAUCAAUGCAAACAUAAUUGGUCCUCUAGUACAUCUUCUUCAAACUGCUGAAUUUGACAUCAAGAAAGAGGCUGCUUGGGCAAUCUCAAAUGCCACUUCAGGUGGAACACAUGAUCAGAUUAAGUACCUUGUUGCCCAGGGUUGCAUCAAGCCACUCUGUGAUCUGCUAGUCUGCCCAGAUCCCAGAAUCGUGACAGUUUGCCUGGAAGGUCUUGAGAACAUCUUGAAGGUUGGAGAGGCAGAAAAGAACCUUGCAGCAGGGGAUGUCAAUGCUUAUGCACAGAUGAUUGAUGAUGCUGAGGGACUGGAGAAGAUUGAGAACCUUCAGAGCCAUGACAACACUGAGAUAUAUGAGAAGGCAGUUAAAAUGCUCGAGUCGUACUGGUUGGAGGAGGAAGAUGAUGCCAUGCCCUCAGGUGACAAUGCUCAAAAUGGCUUCAACUUUGGAAACCAGCAGCCCAAUGUUCCAUCGGGUGGAUUCAACUUUGGCUGAAGAUACCCAUUUGGGAUGAUGUACCACUGUUCCUUAGCUACUUGCUUGGGGCUAGUCAGAGUUGGGGGAGUCUUGUUGUUGGAGUCUUGGUUGGGUCCUGGCGGUCUGGUCUCAGGCAGUCGUCAUGUCAGUCCCAGUCCUUGGGCUUGCAUCAUCGCCAGUGGUGCAGCUUGGUCAGUGGUCAGUCUUGAAGGUCAUCCAGUCGGAUUAUUUGGGCUCUAUCUCACCUGUGGUGGGAGCAUGGGGGAGAGGGCGUCCAGAGCCGCAGGUGUUGUCGGGAGAGAGUUACCAGUUGGCUUUUGCCUCCUAUAUAGCAUGAUUGAAUUAUAUUAUCAUCUGUUUGAGGUAAAAAGAACCUUGAAAGAUAGGGUUUAUUCAUGGUUGUGUCAGUUUUUGUCAAGUCUCUAUGUGCUGUAUUAACAUGUCGGAAGAGUAUUGGCACAACUUAUAAACAUCAAAUAGCAACUGGGUUUUUGGUGGAGCCCCAUGCUGGUCGUCUAUUCAUUGGUUUGUUGUAUGUUUUAACAUCGUGGUUUUGUCGUGUCAAGCUUGUCCAUUGUCGUUUGUGUCGUUUGGAGACUGUUAUGUUUGUCCUCUGUCUAGGGAAAAAAAUUACGAAGUAAACUGUUGGUGAGGGAAGAAGACAGUGAAUCGCCUAUUUUGGCGGAGUUUCUA